GUUGUCACCCCGCUUACCCUCCCUUAACUGUUCCACUUCCUGUGUAUAUUAUACUGGUUGCCAAUAAUAUCAUUUUUCAUACUUCUAGCUUUCAAUACUGCCAUGUUAGCUGUGUGCACAAUAAGUUGGUGAUAAUUUUUGUUAAAUAUAAUUUGGACAUCAGUAAUAAUGAAGUUGUUUAAACCCCCAUGGAUAACACAUGACGACAAACCGAUAUUUUCAAUCGAUAUUCAUCCUGAUGAAUCUCGUUUCGCCACUGGAGGGCAGGGUGAUGGAGGGAGCAGCGGGAAGGUGAUCAUUUGGAACAUGACGCCCGUGGUUAACCAGAAGGACGAGGUUAAUGAUAAAAUACCGAAGGUUCUCUGUGUAAUGGAUAACCACCUUGCUUGUGUUAACUCUGUUCGAUGGUCGUGUAACGGAAGAUACCUCGCGUCAGGGGGCGACGAUAGACUUAUCAUGAUUUGGCAGUUUGCAGGUUAUGGGGGUGCUGGAGUUUUCGGCGGGCAACCCACUUUAAAAACUUCCACUGGAGAGCGCUGGAGAUGCACGCAUACAUUGAAGGGGCACACAGGGGAUGUAUUGGACCUCGCAUGGUCGCCUGGCAACCAGUGGCUAGCAUCGUGUAGUAUUGAUAACAGUGUAGUGAUCUGGGAUGUGGAGAAGUUUCCCGCUAUCACCACUGUGUUGAAAGGUCACACGAGUCUUGUAAAGGGCGUUACAUGGGAUCCCAUUGGUUCAUACGUUGCUUCACAAUCUGAUGAUAAAACAGUGAAAGUUUGGAAAACGUUGGAUUGGAAGUUAGAAACAACAAUCACUAAACCUUUUGAUGAGUGUACGGCAACUACACAUGUCCUUCGAUUAAGUUGGUCACCAGAUGGCGGUAUACUGGUAUCGGCACAUGCCAUGAAUAACUCAGGACCAACGGCUCAAAUUAUCGAUCGAGAUGGCUGGAAAACUGAUAUGGAUUUUGUUGGACAUAGAAAAGCUAUAACCUGCACAAGGUUCAACUCGUGCAUGUUUUCCAAGCUUAAAACAGAGGGUGAAUCAAAACCUUACACUUGCUGUGCUGUUGGCAGUCGCGAUCGCUCCUUAUCUGUGUGGCUCACUUCUCUCCAGAGACCCCUAGUGGUUGUACAUGACUUGUUCGAUAACUCAGUCAUGGAUAUUUCGUGGUCUUUCUCAGGGUAUUCAUUGUUAUGUUGUUCAUGGGAUGGAACAGUCGCUUAUAUUCAAUUCACUCCACAAGAGUUGGGUCAGACAUUAACUCAAGAAGAAAAGAACAAGUUACAUAAAGAAACUUACGGCAAGACAUCGACUAUGGUGUCACAACCACUGAUUAUUGAGAACCCAGCCAUGUUAGCGAUACAGGAGAAAAAGAACGACUCGAGCGUGAACGACCAAAACGAAAAGUUGAAACCACCAACCACUCCUAUAAAGUAUCCGACAAAACAAAUUGAAACAAGAACGCCAUCUGGAAAACGAAGAAUAAUUCCUGUGUUUGUCGCUCCACAAGAAGCAUUAGGUGGUAUACCUCGUCCCUUUGGUUCAAGCAGUCCGUUUGGAAAAUCCAACUCAAGUUCCAAUCUUUCAAAAUCGAUGGAAAAAUUUAGUGAUCAUUCCAGUAAUGAAUCUCCACUAAAAGUUGUUGAUAAGUCAAAAACCUCUCCUCAUCAAAACUCCAGCGAUAAAAAUCCCACAACAUUAAAGAAAAAUGAAAAUGAAUCAAACAUACAACCUAACGCAGUGCAAAGUAGUGUAACUGGUAAAGAGAAAACACAAGAAAGUUUUUCCUCACCAGCCAAGUUGGACAAUGACACAGCACACCAGAAAAAGAAAGCGGUUCUGGACAGCAGAUUAUGUGAGAAAACGUUGCCUUCUGUUGUGAAAGAAAAACUGGUUCCUCGCUCCGUUCAUUUCAAUGAACAACUUGAACCUGCUAAGAAUUCUCCGAAAAUUCCCCCUCCCCCUUCUUCCCUCCCUCCAUCACCUUCCAUCAUCAAACCAACCGACUCCCAUCCUCCUGUCUUCCCACGGAGACCUGGGAGACCUCCUCUGCAUCUGAAGAGGAAGCAGGGAUCACUGCCCGCAUCACCUGGGAGGAAGAAACACAAAAUUGGAAAAGAUAAUUUGAAGAAUUUGGAGGACCUCGGAACAAGACAUGAUGAACAUGAAAAGGAAGUUCACCAUCCACUCACCAAAACAACUCCAACACCUCGACACACGAUCACCACCAAUGUAUUACCAGCUUUAAAGUUAACUAAGAAAUUAACAGCCAGUUGCCCCAAGCUUCCUGGAACAAUAAUUCACAUCCACAAUGAGUUGAAUUCCGAUGAUAAAUUAAUCGCAUCAGCUCUUCAUAAGAUAAUAUGUUGUGUUGAUAAAGAUGAAGUUUGGACUUCCGUUAUGUCAGCACCUGCUACUGCUGUUAGUUUGAGCAGAUUAAUUGUUUGUAUCGGUUGUUCUGAUCAUACAGUAUGUGUGUUGUCAACAAAAUCCGGUCGUCAGAUGUUGCCACAAAUAUGUUUUGCUUCAUCAAGUUCACCUCUCGCGUUGCUACAAUGUCGUGGUCACUUUGUUAUGGCUGUGGAUGCAUUGUGCAAUUUAUCAAUAUGGAACACACAGAAUGGCUCAGUAGUAAUUGACAACAAAUCGUUUUUGAACCAAAUAAUUUCAAACCAAAACAAACCAACUUCAAAUUCAUCGGAGGCAAUGUUACAGAAAUGUUCGCUCACAGAUAGAGGGCUGCCGUUAAUCACGUUAUCCAACAACAAAGCUCUCACAUAUGAUGUUAGCCUUGCUGCAUGGAUUUUCGUAUCAUUACCGGGAGACUCGAUCGAGCAAUUCACGGAUCAUAUCACGGUGACUCACGAUCACUCACACGAUGAGGAUGAUAUUAAUGGUUUAUUGAGCAAAAAGUUUUCUUCCGGCAUGGGGUGUCAGGCUGGUCGUACGUUCCAUGCAACAGCCUCAGCCCAGCGUGAUGCUACACUUGUUUCAUUGGAGAGGAAAUUGUCAGCAAGCUUGUUGUUGCAAAGUGCUUCUCAUUAUAAACGAUGGUUACUUGCUUAUGUUAGGUACCUGGUGCAAGGAAAUUAUGAUCUUCGAUUGCGUGAAGUUUGUGAUGAUCUGAUUGGUCCACCUGCCGAUAGAACCAUUUCAGAUAAUCAUGUUUCAUGGAAACCUUAUAUUUUGGGAUUAUCUAAAAGGAUGUUGCUCCGUGAAGAAGUCCUCCCAGUGAUCGGAGCAAACUUGAGUUUCCAGAGGAUGUACACGGAGUAUCACGAUCAGUUAGAGUUAGCGGAAGAUUCAAGUGACGAUGAUCGCAUGGAAGAUGAAUUCACUUGAUCUCGAAUGCAAUAAAUAUUUUGUUACUUUUGUUACCAGCCAUAAUGUAAAUAAUCUUUCAACAGCUUAUCUGGUAUAAAAACGUUGUGUAUUAUAGACGUUUCAUCCGCCUUCUGGCAAGACAUUCCAAUGCAUUACAUUUUUAUACCAGAUGAUUCAUUGAAAGCUUAUUUAAAUGUUUCUUCCUUACAAUAAAUCACAUUUUACAACUUAAAA